AUGGUUAUUUCCGCUCCUUUUGGGGAGAUGGGAGCAGCAAUAUCCCCAAUAUUUGCCUGAACAUCCUCCAUAGCGUUCGGGUCCGUUUUAUCUGAUGCCACAUGUCGAUCUCGCUCUAAAGCAACAUUCACGUUCGGGUCUGAGAUGUGUGAUGACUCCAACACGCCAGGCUGCAAGGCAGAAGACGGGCUUUGCGCUCUAGUUUGCAUUAUUAUUUCCUCCUCGACCGGGAGAGGUACAUUGCUAGGACGAGCAGAAAUGACUGGAGGAGCAAUAUCUGGCUUCGCUUGCACGCCAUCCAUGGGUGUUGAGCCUGCUUCCAUUCCGAGAGUUCUUCGAAACGAGUUGUCGGCAAAUACCACCCAAUUCACUCCUUCAAAGUGCCUUUUGUUGCGAGUUUUCACCGCAAACUCCUUGACUGUGCCAAAAGUCUUAUGGAAAAAUAGGCCACCGUACGAGGCCUCCAACAAGCCCUUUGCUACCUAUUCAUUUAUCAACUUCCCUUUCGUGACACAUCCAGGCCUCGCAGGUCAACCCAACAUUAGUAUUGACGUCGCCACCAAGAGCCGCCGAUUAGCGCCCCAAUAUCGCCCCGCAGAAAUCUGUGCGACUCUUGCAGCAUACCUACAUUAUACCAACUUACGCAGGCUCAGUUUAGUCCCGGGGGCCACGGGGGUCUCGUCCAGCUCUCAUGCCUCCCUUCCCUAUCAGUGAUUUUUCACUUCAUGACAGUACUCCAUCAGCUGAUUAUCACCAAAACGCACUCUAAAAUGGAUUUAUUCAUCCAUCCAUUCAUGCUUUGUUAAUAGCGUCUAUAUUUACCACUCAAAUCGUCCCAUUUCCACAUGCCCCCGCUAAGAACACUAUUAGAACGGGUCGAACUUCCUGGCAAUAGAGUGAAUCACAUCCAUCAUCCCCUUUGCAUACUUUGGCCACAUUUUGGGGUCUCGAGCGCGAAUUUGAGAAAUUUUACAGUACAUUGACAACUAACGCAGGAGCUCAUACUUUAAAACAUCUGGUAGGGGCCAUCAUGAAAACAUAAUGCCACUUUGUUCUUCUGAUCCUUCACAGAACUCUCACUUUAGGGUACCU